AUGGCGCGUCCCAAGACCGAAAUUGUCGAACUUGACGGUCGAACUUUGGAAGGAGGCGGCCAACUCAUCCGCAUAGCACUCUGUCUUUCAGCCCUCACCAGGACGGCCGUCAACAUCACCAACAUCCGAGGCAACCGAAGCGGAGGCGGCGGCCUGAAAGCCCAACAUCUGGCCUGCGUCAACUGGCUUGCACAUGCCAGUAACGCCCGUGUCCAAGGAGCCGAGAAAGGGAGCAAGACACUCCUUUUCCAACCAGGAGAGAUCCACGGCGGCCUCUCACCCGCAUUCAAAGAGCGCCGGCUCGAGGACGGUAGCGCAGGGUAUGAAUCCACCCUCGAGAUCGGAACAGCAGGUAGCACAGGCUUGGCUCUGCAGGCCAUCUUACCCUUCAUUCUCUUUACCAGAUUUCCUUCACCUCUGCCCGUACAUCUCACACUGAGCGGUGGUACCCACGUGUCCGGAUCGCCUUCAUUUGAGUACAUUCAACACGUACUCCUCCCCACAAUCGCCAGACUUGGCUUUCCAGAGAUCAAGGCGAGCCUAGCAAAACGAGGCUGGAAUCAAGGAGGAUCGAGCAUCGGGAAUUUCACCCUCGAAAUUCCACCAAGAGGACCAACCGUCUCGCUUCCAGCAUUCCAACUCGCGCCUUGGUCCCCAAAAGCCUGCUCCUCCUCCUCCUCCUCCUCCUCCUCCUCCUCCUCCUCCUCAAUCGACGCGUCCAGAGCAGCAGCAGCAACAUUACAUGCCAUCUUCAUCGCUCCGACAUCAACCCACGAGCAUCUCCGUCACGUCCUCCCACCUUCCCUCCAGACCCACUUCCCCAACAUACUCUCCUCGAACACGAACAUAGAAUGCCUCCCCUCCCUACACGCAAAACGCUUCUACCUCAUCCUCAUUUUCCAGCAUCCCGACUACACCCUCGCCACCGACUGGCUCUACGACCGCAAAAUCCCCCCCAACCACCCCGAUCGCCCCGCGACGGAAAUGGCAGACCGCGUCACCCGGUCCCUCGCCGCAGAAGCCGCGUCGGGCACGUGGGUCGAUGAACAUCUCCGCGAUCAACUUGUGAUUUUCCAGGCGCUCGCGCAUGGUCGGUCGGACGUUUAUCCUGGUCGGAAGCGGAAGACUGACCCGGAAAGUCAGGGGGAUGGGCAACUGAGGGAGCCGAGUCUCCAUGCCCAGACGGCCGAAUGGGUCGCCAGGAAGAUGUUGGGACGGACGUGUAGAUUUUACGAAGCGGGAUGUGAGGGUGUUGGCUUUGCAGUGGAAGGACGAGAGCGAGUUUUGGAGUUGGAGGCAGAGCUGAGGGCGUUGCGGAUUGAUUGA